AUGAACACAAUAAAAGGACAAAUAAAAGAGAGAGGAUACUGGGGAAGAAAAGCAGAGUUUCUUCUGGCUGUGGCAGGAAGUGUGGUUGGACUGGGUAACGUGUGGAGGUUUCCUUACCUGUGCUACAGAAAUGGAGGAGGCGCGCUCCUGAUACCCUACCUGGUGUUUGUGGUGACCUGUGGGGUGCCUCUGUUCCUGCUAGAGACGGCUAUAGGACAGAUCACACAUGAAGGGGGCAUUACAUCUUGGAAUCACCUCUGUCCACUGGCUGAAGGUAUUGGCUAUGCAGGGCAGCUGGUUCUCCUGUACAGCAACAUGUACUAUAUCAUCAUUCUGGCCUGGGCACUUUUCUAUCUCAUCUAUUCUUUCAGUCCCCAACUACCGUGGGCCAGUUGUGACAAUAUAUGGAACACAGAUAACUGUGUAAAGCUUGCUGCAAAAAAUCUGACUCUCAACUGGACAGUACUGACUAAUUCAACACCUGCUGCUAUUGAGUUCUGGGAACGCAGAGUUCUGUCUCUGUCUGGAGGUAUUGAAGAGGUUGGUAAGAUCAACUGGGAGAUUCUUCUAUGUCUCAUUGCAGUGUGGAUAAUAUGUUAUUUCUGCAUCUGGAAAGGAGUCAAAUCUACAGGCAAGGUGGUGUAUUUCACAGCCACAUUUCCUUACGUGAUGCUGCUUGUCUUGCUGAUUCGUGGGUUGACUUAUCCUGGAGCUCUGCAGGGACUUGUGUUUUACUUGUACCCUGAACCAGCUCGUCUCUCUGAUCCACAGGUUUGGAUGGAGGCAGGAACUCAGAUCUUUUACUCCUAUAGUGUGUGCUGUGGCAUUCUGAUUACACUUGGCAGCUAUAGUAAAUACAGCAACAACUGCUACAGUGGCACAAGUUUUGUGGCUGGGUUUGCUGUGUUCUCAGUCUUGGGCUUCAUGGCACAUGUGCAGGGCGUCCCUAUUGGAGAGGUAGCAGAAUCAGGUCCAGGAUUAGCAUUCAUUGGUUAUCCACAGGCAGUAGCCAUGAUGCCCAUGCCUCAGUUGUGGGCUGUUUGUUUCUUCAUCAUGAUUAUUUUGCUAGGCCUAGAUUCACAGUUUGUUUCAGUGGAGUGUGUGAUUACAUCAGUGAUGGACUUGUUCCCUGGGGUUCUGCGCAGUCGCCGAGAACUUUUCCUCCUACUCUUCUGUCUAACUUGUUUCUUCGGGCAAAUCAGCAUGGUUACAGAGGGGGGGAUGUAUGUAUUCCAGUUGUUUGACUACUAUGCCUGUAGUGGAGCCUGUCUUUUGUUCUUGUCACUGUUUGAAUCACUGGCCAUUGGUUGGAUCUUUGGGGCUGAGAGAAUGUUUGACGUUAUUGAAGACAUGACAAAGUCACGACCCAACUACAUAUUCAUGCUGUGUUGGAAAUACUUGACUCCUCUUGUGUCCCUGGUUUCUUUUGUUUACUCUAUUGUGAAGUACACACCUCUGACUUUUAACCGCUGGUAUGUGUACCCAGACUGGGCAUAUGCACUAGGCUGGUUGCUGGCUUUGUCCUCUAUUCUACUGGUGCCUGGAUGGGCGCUGGGCCGAAUAUGUGCUGGGAAAGGAAGCCUGAAACAGCGUUGGCAACACUUGUGUAUUCCUACACAAACAAAUAUUUACUGCAGAGAUGGAAGACACAGUCAGGAGCUAUUCCAACUAAACAUUUAG